AUGCUGAGGAAAGGCUGCGCUCGCUGCCUGCCUGUCCUCACCGCAAUAUGUUUGCAAUUAAACUGGAGGCUGCCUGUGGCCGGCGGCUGACGUCAGCUCCAGGGGCUGCGCUGCCGAGGGAGGCGAGUUUCGCGGAGCCGAGCAGUGGGGCAGACGGAGCGCAGUGCGGGCGGGCAGGCGAGCGGAGCGCCGGAAAAAACAAGAGCAGCGGGGCGCAGGGAGGGAGGCGGAAAACUUAGCGUAUUGUGAGCGAGAGGAGAGCUGGGGAGUCGAGAGCCGAGUGAAGAGGAAAGCGGAGGGGCAAGGAAAAUACAGCGGAAAGAGCCCGAAAUCUGAACGGAUUUCGAAAGAGAGCUGGAAUACGGGGUGCAUUUUACUGACUUUAAGCAGACAAUAAGGAGACGGUCACCUCUGUGCAGACGCACUUCUCAAAGUUGCAGAAGAACGAACAAUACCCUUUUAAAAAAAAAAGUUUAUUUUCCUCGGUCUCGGUGUGUGAAGAUGAUCUUAUUCCACGGGUUUGUACUGAGGUUGCAGAAUUGCAUGCUGGAUUGACUUAUUCACUUGCAAUUAUUUUAAUCAGAGGCACAAAACUUAGUUGUUGGAAAAAGUUCCUCUCGACCGAACGGAGCGCAAGGCAGCAGGAGACUGACCCAAGGACUUGAUGCUGUAGAUGCAGAGUUGAUGUUUCUCCAAGUUGGGGUGUCUGGAACCAGGACAUUUGGUGUCAUAAUUAUGAUCAGCUGUUCAGGACAUGGGUCCAAGUAAAAAGGGAGGCAGCCGUGUUGUGUUUGUGGCCAUUGGAUGCCAUUCACUUGAGAGAAUCUCCACACAGCUUUAAACAAAAGAACCUGUAGAGUGCUGACUGUUGGUCCAUAAGGCUGCCAAGAUGGAAGAACAGUGUUACUACAAUGAAACCAUUGCAUUUUUUUACAACAACAGUAAGAAACAUCUGGCAACAGAAUGGAAUACAGUCAGCAAGCUGGUCAUGGGCCUGGGCAUCACAGUCUGCAUCUUCAUCAUGCUUGCCAACCUACUUGUAAUGAUUGCCAUUUAUGUCAACCGUCGCUUCCACUUCCCUAUUUAUUACCUGAUGGCCAACUUGGCGGCUGCGGACUUUUUUGCCGGCCUGGCGUACUUUUACCUCAUGUUCAACACGGGACCCAACACCCGUAGGCUGACUGUCAGCACGUGGCUGCUCCGUCAGGGCCUCAUUGACACCAGCCUCACUGCCUCGGUGGCCAACCUGCUAGCAAUCGCCAUUGAGAGGCACAUCACAGUCUUCCGGAUGCAGCUCCACACCAGGAUGAGCAACCGCAGGGUGGUGGUGGUAAUCGUGGUGAUCUGGACCAUGGCCAUCGUCAUGGGUGCGAUCCCCAGUGUGGGCUGGAAUUGCAUCUGUGACAUCAAGAUCUGUUCCACCAUGGCCCCACUCUACAGCAGCUCCUACUUGGUCUUCUGGGCCAUUUUCAACCUGGUCACCUUUGUCGUCAUGGUGAUCCUCUACGCCCAUAUCUUUGUCUACGUGCGUCAGAGGACUAUGAGGAUGUCGCGCCACAGUUCAGGACCCCGCAGAAACCGUGACACCAUGAUGAGCCUGUUGAAGACUGUUGCUAUAGUGCUUGGGGCAUUUAUCAUCUGCUGGACUCCAGGACUAGUUUUGCUGUUGCUCGAUGUGUUUUGCCCUGACUGCAAUGUCCUGACAUACGAGAAGUUCUUCCUCUUGCUGGCCGAAUUCAACUCCGCCAUGAACCCCAUCAUCUACUCCUACCGUGACAAGGAGAUGAGUGCCACCUUCAAGCAGAUCCUGUGCUGCCAGCGGAAUGAGGGCAGCAAUGGUGCAGCUGAAGGCUCCGAUCGUUCUGCUUCCUCCCUCAACCAUACCAUCUUGAGCGGGAUACACAAUGACCAUUCAAUGGUGUAACUGGAGGCCCAUCAGCGGUCCUUCGCAAUAUAGCCAGGAUAUUAGAGCCACCCAGAUGUGCGCAAGUGGAUCCCUGAGGACUAAAUGCUACACUAGCACCAGGACCAAUUCACAAACUAAUGCAAGAGAUUGUUGACAAAUAUUUCUGUUUUAAUAGGACCUAGUGUGAUUCACCUUUUAGUUAUGGGUUGAAGUCCUAAGUACUUGUGUUGUAUUACCUGCUAAACUGCAUUUAGCUGUAGAAGUUGAGGCUUUGUAAAAACAUAAUAAACUUAUUUUAUUCAACCCA